ACAUAACCAAACUUUUAUUUAUAAACAUUCAAAAAUGUAUAAUUUAUUAACAAAAUUAUAUCCAAAAGCGAUUCGUUUAGGUAUUAAUUUACCCAAAUACGCAUUAUAUAGAAAUGUACAUACAACAAGUGCAACGUUUCAAUUUUACCAAGACGAAACAAAAUACAAAACUAUUUAUAAAUUUCCUUACAUCAAACAAUUUGUUUUAAUGGAUCGCAUAAAAUUGUACCAAACUUCUGUAACAGCACUGUGUGCUCCUUUCUCAAUAAUUUUACACCAAUUAGACUACAUUUCUGGCGAUGUCGUAGGUUUUAUAUGGGCUUUAGGUUUCUCUAUGUGUCUAACACUUUACAGCGUGGGAUUUCUAACAACAAAACACGUGGGUUUUAUUUACUACAAUGAAGAAGAGAACCUCGUAAAGGUAGCUUACGGAGAUUUUUGGGGUCGCCGGAAAGAAAUCGAAAUCCCAGUCAAAGACAUCGUACCUUUAAGCGACUUGCCAGUAUCGUGGACCGAUGGUUUGUUCAUUAAAUUCAAAAGGUUCUCCACUCCCGAGGUGUUGCGGUUAAAUUUUAGAUUCGGAGUUGUAGUUGAUAAGGAAUUGAUGAAAAAAAUACAAUAA